AUGUUGAUCCAACGAGCAAAAUUUGUCGCCGCCGCCGUGACCUCGGUUCUUCUGCUAGUACCCAGCCAUGGGUUUUCGCUGUCUACUCGAUCGGUGGUGCCACACCCGAAACUCGCAGCCAGAACAUUCUCGUCAUUGGCACUGAGAGCUACCAUUGUGGAAGAAGAAGAAAAGGUUGAAACUCAAGUGGAACUCUUGCCACCACCACCACAGCAAGAUGACAACAACAGUAUGGAACUGGAAGGCGUGGUGUGUGCCCGAGGAGUUUGUGUUGUGGCGGAUGACAUGAUGGCCCCGGAAAUUUGUACCCUCGAUGAAGAAUCGCAACAAAUUGUGUGUCAAGUCAAUGACGAUGCCACCAUUCGUCCGUCGUUGACGUGGACGUAUUUGUGGCCCCGGGCAUUGCUCUUGGUUUGUUCCGUCUUGUAUGGAACCAAUUUUCCAUUAGGACGACUCAUGAAUGAAAGUCUUCCCGCCAGUGCCGCCACCAGUUCGCGCAUGGUCUUGGCCGCCGUGGCAUUGAGUCCUUUUUUGUUCCAACUCAAACCGUCGUUGCGAUCCACGGCGGCACUCUGUGGGACAUUUACCGCACUCGGCUAUAUUUCCCAAUCGAUUGCCCUCGUCGAUACGUCGGCUGCGACAGUUAGUUUUCUCGGGGCACUCGUUGUCAUUGUCUGUCCCGCCUUGGCGGUCUUGGUCGAUAAACGACCCAUGGGAUUUGCCGAUGCCCCACAAACGUGGAUUGCCGCCAUUUUGUGUUUGUUUGGUGUCGGCGUCUUGGAACUCGGUGGUGGUGGUGGUGACGGUAUGGAUGCCAUGGGAUGGGGCGAUGUGUGGUCUAUUUUGCAGGCCGUCGGUUUUGGAACGUCCUUUUACAUUACCGAACGCAUGAUGGCCAAGGAACCCAGUCAGGCAUUGCCCAUUACCGCCAUGCAAUGUGCCAUGGCGGCGGCUUUUUCAGGACUCUGGGCUGUCGCGGAUGGAUCGGGAUUUUGUGGUCCCGACGGACCACUCGCGUUGUUUGGAAGUCCCUAUGGAUCGUGGCUGACAGAAUCCGAUCAACCAUUUACGCUACCCGCUCUGUUCCUCAAUGUCGACUUUCGAAUGGUCGCAUUGGCGGCGGCAUUCACCGGAUUCAUUACCACCGCCGGAAACCGUGUGGGAGAAACCUUGGCAUUGGGCAAAUUGUCCUCCAGCGAAGCAUCCGUCUUGUUGGCCACCGAGCCACUGUGGGCCGCUCUGUUUGCCAAUUUCCUGAUUGGAGAAAAGCUCAGUCUAUGGGACGGGGUUGGUGGGGCCAUUAUCGUGGCAUCGUGUGUCGCCACGGCCCUGGAUCCAACAUGGUUGAGAGAACUUCUCAACAUUGACUACGACAACAACAAUGACAAUGACAAUAAGCAGGAGGCUGUCGAUACCGAGGCAUCCAUGGCACCGUGA